UUCGUAAUAAUAAUAAUUUUAUACUCUUAAACGAAACCGUGCUUGUUUAAUAAUAGUUUGCUUUGUCUUAUUCGCCAUCUUGUGAUCGUAACAUAACUGAGGCGUUACGUCAUCUCUGUUCAACACCGAGGGCUGUAAACGGUAAUGAAGAUAAAUCUGUUGUAAUCUAACCUGUUGAUUUCUUCCUUAAAUGGUCGACCAGCUUACCUGUAAACAACGCCCACUUUCGCGUGAUACACAACGCGAUAAAUAUAAAGCAACAGGAGUGUCUCAGUCAGGACUUAAAGCUGCAAUCGUACAGGCUGGAGGUGUCGUUUAAAUCAGCAGAAAAACACAAUGGUUGAUCUGUCAUAUGUAUCUGUCACCUGGACCCUAGUGGUACUGCUCAUAAGUCUCCUGUUUAUUUAUGGAGUUUGGACUCAUGGGUUUUUUAAGAAACUGGGAAUUCCAGGACCAAGACCUUGGCCUUACCUUGGCACGUUCCUCUCAUACAGAAAAGGUUUUUUCAAUUUUGAUACGGAGUGUGCUAAGAAAUAUGGAAAAGUUUGGGGGAUCUUUGAUGGAAGACUCCCAAUAUUAAUGGUUACUGACCUGGAAAUGAUCAAAGCAAUUAUGGUUAAAGAAUGCUAUACUACCUUCACCAAUAGACGGGACACAAUUGAAGCCCUGGCUGGUCCUUUUGCUGAUGGUAUAUCUAUAGUUAAAGAUGAGAGAUGGAAGAGGAUCCGCAGUUCACUGUCACCAUAUUUCACAAGCGGACGACUUAAGGAGAUAUUUCCUAUAGCUGAGUCACAUGCAGAGCGGUUUAUAAAAAAUAUGAUGAAGAGAGACCUUGAGCAGUCAGUUAAAAUUAAAGACGCUGUCGCCUCAUACAGUUUGGAUGUUGUCACCAGCUCGUCCUUUAGUGUUGACAUUGACUCCAUUAAUAAUCCUGAUGACCCUUUUGUUGGAAAUAUCAAGAAGUUUUUCCAGUUUAGUUUUUUCAGUCCUCUUUUUGUGUUAUUAACCCUGUUUCCCUCUGCUGCAAAUAUUUUGGCCAAAAUGGGUAUAACUCUUUUCUCAAGAUCAUCUAUGGAUUUUUUCUACAGUGCUCUGAAAAAGAUAAAAGAUGAGCACAACAAGGAAUCCAGUGGCCGAGUAGACUUUCUAAAGCUCAUGAUCCAGAGUCAAAUAUCUGAUGAUCAAGCUGAGAAGACCACAAGUGACCAACCUGUUAAAGGUCUUACCGACCAUGAGAUCCUCUCUCAGUCAUUUAUUUUUAUCCUGGGAGGUUAUGAGACUACAAGUACAACUCUUUCCUUCCUUCUCUAUAAUCUUGCAACUAAUCCGGACUCCCUGCAAAAGCUGGUUGAAGAGAUUGACGCAAACUUUCCUGUCAAUACACCUAUCACAUAUGAUGCAUUGAUGAAAAUGGAUUAUUUGGAAAUGUGCAUCAAUGAAUCAAUGCGUCUCCUUCCAACCGCCCCACGCUUGGAGAGACUCUGUAAGAAAACUGUAGAGAUCAAUGGGGUGACCAUACCCGAGAACACUUUGGUUGCAAUUCCUACAUAUGUGCUGAAUCGUGAUCCAAAUCUUUGGGAGUCUCCCGAGGAGUUCAGACCGGAGAGGUUCAGCCCAGAGAGUAAGUCAGAGGUUAACCAGUAUGUUUUCAUGCCAUUUGGACUCGGGCCUCGAAAUUGCAUUGGAAUGAGAUUUGCUCUGAUGAUCAUGAAACUUCUUGUUGUGAAGAUGCUACAGAACUUCAGUAUGGAAACAUGCAAAGAGACGCAGAUCCCUCUGGAGUUGAAUUCCAUGUUUCAGCCAAAGGUUCCCAUCACACUGAAGUUCACAUCAAGAGCUCAUAGAGACAAAGAAGAAUAGUUCAAACUACAGUAAUGCAGUGGAGAUUCAUUCAAGUCACACCUUAGUAAAAUUAUCUAGAAGAUAUUUGCAAUCAUUAAGAUGGUUUGACAUCAUUUAAUCAAAAGGCAAAGUUACGUAAAAUCAAAGUCUUACAUAAUCACAUUUUGUUAUGCAACUUCUUAUGUUGCCAUUUCUACCAUAUAUAACUGAGUGUAAUGUAAUGGUUAUUGCAAUAAUUAUGGUGCUUAUGGUUGUAUGAGACAAUUCUUUUUUUUGCCAGUAUAAUAAAUGCAAUGUUUAAAGGCACAUUGUGCAUCAUUAUAUAUUAUAUAUAAUAUAACAGUACCUUUAUAUUACACAGUAUAUACACAGUAUAUUGCCUUUACUAAUUUUAAAGUGGAUCAAAAAAGUUCAUCAAAGUUUUCCUAAGACAAGGGUAUUGAUCAAACUUUUAUAUGAUACUUACAGGAACAUUUAUUCUAUUACAAACACUACAAAUAUCUGUGUUGUGACUUAAGUCAACAUUAAAAGCUCUUUCAAAGCUAA